CUAUGAGCCGGUCAGAUUCGUGCUACUGACAGGAAACGGCUCCCAGGUAAAGUGAAAUGUGACCUGACAUAUGUUUGUGACACCGGCGACGAAUAAAACCGGAGUGAUCUCUGCUGCUUAUCGCUCGGCUUUCGUAAGCCCGUAGUUCAUCUAGGCAUGUGUUCCGGUUUUUAUGUAGUUAGUAAUUGAUUUUCUUUUCUUGCGAGUAAAUAAUCAGAAAUCCAACUCUCACUAGUAGUCCAUAAUUUAUAAUAAUAAACGAAAAAUUCACUGAAUUGACGAAGGACGCAAAAUUUCGGGUAACCGCCUGAGUGUAUCCUAGCUCGCAGUGGGAUGUGGCUGCUGGCGCUCUCGCUCCCGGUGAUGGUUGCUGUGGCGACGCGUUACUGGGCGGAGCUGGGUUCUUUGGGGCGGCGCGCGCUGCACGCGGCGCUGCGCUUGUGCCGCGGCAAGGCGUGCGCAGCAUGCAUGCCUUCGUUUUCGUUAACUGCACCCACGGCGAGGCUCAGAGUGUGCUGGAGACGUUUGACCUCUACGCCCAGGCGCACCCAUCUCUUGCCAUCGGCCGAGAGAAAGGGGAGUAUGUGGAAGAGGUGGUGCGCCGCGUGGCCCCCAGUCAGGCCCUCGAGCUGGGGACUCACUGCGGAUACUCAUCCAUUAGAAUCCUGUGUGCUCUGCCUUCCUCCGGCCGGCUGCUGACUGUGGAGAAGGACCUCGCCACAGCUGAUGCAGGAGAGGAGAUCAUCCUGGUGGCUGGUUUCAAAAACCCCCAAUUCCAGGUGCUGACAUCUCCAUCUGUGGAGGCCAUCACUCAUUUGCACUCACAUCUGGGGGACAAGCUAGUGGAGCUGGUGCUGAUGGACCAUGACGUGCAGCAGUACCUGCCAGAACUAAUGCUGUUGGAAAGUGGGGGGUCACUCGCCACCGGCUGCGUCCUCCUGGCUAACAAUGUACACCUUUCUGGAGCGCAGUCAUUCCUUGAUUACAUUCGCAGCCAGCCAGGGAGAUAUCGCAUAAACAGCUUGACCCAAGGUCUGCUGGAACUCAACUGGUGUCCCUAGAACCUUAUAGACAUAUCAAACACAUCAUAAUAGCUCUUAGGAAACCCAGGAAUUAAGGAAAAAGAAACAGACCCAUAUCCAUACAAUCUCUUGGGGGAUUAAUAUUACAGCUGCAUACAUUGGUAGUUCAUACAUUUUGUGGAAAUAUGCUAAAUUGGAAACCUUCACCACCACUUAUUAUACACAGACAUUUUCCAGAAUUGCUUAUUCAGUGCAGAGUUACAAUGAGCUUAGAGCCUGUUCCAGGAAUCAGAGGGCAUAAUGAAAACCUGCGGUAAGAAUCUCGCAACAUGAGCAGAACAUGCAGACUCCUUUAACACCAAGCAGGCAGGAAGUGAACCUGUAAGUCUUGGAGCUGAAGGUAUGAAAUGUAGAAAUCGGCCAUCAUGGUUAUUGGCUACUAACCCAAUUUUAUGAUGGAACUAAAGAGCUUAAGGAAUGACACCAGCCUGAGUAAUUAUUUUAUUAGAAAAACAUGUACAAAGUGCUGUCUGUUUUGUUUAUAACGGAAAAAAAAUCCAAUUUUACAAGAUGGCUCUACCAGAGAGCUUAAUUCAGACACAUCUUGGCCAGUUUUUGGCCAUGUCAAGACAUUAAAUUGUUGUGUAUGUUUAACAUAAAUGUGGAACUCAUUAAAAAUGCUGUAGAUGA